CAGGUCCAAUGGGCAGCAGACAUUAGGGUGUCAACCUAAGAAACCUCUGUAUGCCAUGGUAUGCAGCAUGCAGAGCUUGUUCAGCCUUUGCGGUAGUUGCAUCUGAGGACAGAGGAGCCUUGACAGAACUCAGCUACCUGGUGCCACCCUGAUUAACCUCUGACUGAGCACAAGCCUCUGACGGUCUAACAGGAACCAUGACGGCCAUCAAUGCACCUCGGGACAAAUACAAUGCAGUAUGGAUCAUUUUCUUCAUCCUGGGCUUGGGAACCCUCUUACCGUGGAAUUUCUUCAUGACGGCAACGAUGUACUUCACGAGUAGGCUGAAGGACCCGGCCAAUGACCUCUCCUCCAAUCAGACGGCAAAUGCGACUUUGGAGGGCGGGGACACUCGCAAUGUUUUGGAGUCAAAGUUUAACAACGUGAUGACGCUCUGCGCCAUGGUGCCUCUGCUCAUCUUCACCUGCCUCAACUCCUUCAUACACCAGAGGAUUCCUCAGAAGCUGCGGAUCUCUGGCAGCCUGACGGUCAUCCUGGUGGUUUUCAUGUUGACGGCGGUCCUUGUCAAGGUGGACGUGGCCCCACUGCCCUUCUUCACACUCACCAUGAUCAAAAUUAUCUGCAUCAACUCCUUCGGGGCGAUCCUUCAGGGCAGUUUGUUCGGGCUGGCAGGGAUCUUGCCUGCCUCCUACACCACUCCCAUCAUGAGUGGACAGGGGCUGGCCGGCGCCUUCGCUGCUUUCUCCAUGAUCUGCGCGCUGGCCAGUGGCUCAGCCCUGCAGGACAGCGCUUUUGGUUACUUCAUCACAGCCUGCGUUGUUAUUCUCCUGGCCAUAGUGUCCUACCUCUCUCUGCCCAGGAUGGAGUUUUUCCAGUACUAUAUUGAGAGCAAUGGAUCCAGACCCUCUGCUGAUGAGGAGAACAAGAUGGACUUGCUCAAAAAAGAGACAGCAGAGAAGCGACCAGUCAUGAGUCUGAUGGGCGACGAGGCCCAGCCCACCGUGUCUGUAUUGAACAUCUUCAAACAGAUCUGGGUGAUGGCUCUGUCGGUGUGCUUCAUCUUCACUGUAACCAUCGGAACAUUCCCAGCCGUAACAGUCGAGGUCAAGUCCACAGUUGCGCAUGGAGGCGCCUGGGAAACUUACUUCAUCCCCGUAUCAUGUUUCCUGCUCUUCAACAUGAUGGACUGGGCUGGCAGGAGUCUGACGGCCUUCUGUAUGUGGCCGAACAAAGACAGCAUGUGGCUUCCUGCCCUGGUGGUUCUGCGGAUCAUCUUCAUCCCUCUCUUCAUGCUGUGUAACGUCCAGCCUCGUCACUACCUCCCCGUGCUGUUUUCCCACGACGCCUGGUACAUCAUCUUCAUGAUCGUCUUCUCCUUCUCCAACGGAUACCUGGCCAGUCUCUGCAUGUGCUACGGACCCAAGAAGGUGCCACAGCAUGAGGCAGAGACUGCGGGGGCCAUCAUGGCUUUCUUCUUGUCCCUCGGCUUGGCGCUGGGCGCCGCAGUCUCAUUUGCUUUCCGGGCCAUGAUCUAAGAUCCCCAGUACACCCUUCAGUAGACGUAGAUUAGACCACCCGCCCUCCAGCACACUCCCUGUCUUUACACUUUAUGGGAGAGCCUUUAAAUAAUUGGACUAGCUGCGCUCCUCUACAACAACGUCCAGCUGAGUGGAGACGGCACAGCAGAGUAGACGACUAGAGGACCUCGGUCCUCUGAAGUGCACAGUAGAGACUCGUCUCAUCCAGCCACCUCAGCAGAAGCUGAAACAUGUUACUGAUUUUUUUUUCUUCCAAACUCUGCAGCACAGUGUGUUAACCUGUGCUCGCCUCUCCUCUUUUUUUGGGGGGUAUUUUCCAAUCGAUGCCAUUGAUCAACUGGUUGUUUCUGUGAGAUAAAUUGAAGAGGACAGAGUGCAACUCAACAAGCAAAUCAAAACCAAAAGUGUGACAAAAGAAAAGUCAGUUGUCGUAGACUCAUCAUGUAGAAGACUGUAGAAAUUCUUUAAGGUGUGUUUAAAGUUUUCAUCACAAAACUGCCAAACGUUGAGCCUAGGCAGCGUUAAUGAAGACGGCCUGCACGCAGCAUCCCAGAGCCUCGUUUAGAAAACGUUCCUUUGCACUAGUACAGUACAAAAAAAAUACAAUUUCAAUAAUGUUUUUACGUUGUUUAAAGUUACGCUUCUUUCACUAUCUUUGAAACAGUCACAUUCUGUAGAAAUCAUAUAAAGGUCUGACGGUGUGUAAAUAAAGUCUUAACACAUUUUUAUAAACAAGGCUCUUGGAUUCUGGCGUUGGGCUCGUGUACACUGACCGCUAAAUUCAGCCCAUCAGUUUGUUAACCGUGAUUGUCGACGUGGUUUUCUUUUUCACGAUGUUUGCACAUGAAACGUGAAGCGUUACAUCACUCUGGACUGUUACAGCUUUCAACUCUGAUCAAACCAAAUACACAAAGACAGCAUGGGAAACUGGUGAACUUUGAAGGGAGGUCAUGACCCAUCAAACGGCUAACGUGUAAACCGCUUCGCUCCGUCUCCGCUUUCAGUGUUGACUCCGGUCCCUUGUGUGCGUGUGUGUAAGCCUCCUCAUAACAAAUCAGUCAAUUCUCAAAGAAUGUAAGGAAGGACUAAAUCCUGAAGACGAGGUUUUAAUCAAUCAUCUGGGUCACUAACUGCUGAACACCCUUCGUCUUAGAGAGUGGUGUUUUGUAUUUGUCGCUCUGUAGUUUUAGGUUUUAGAUGAAGUUGUUCCAGUGUGGAUCAACAGUCCUUUAGUUUUUACUGUUUCUGUGUCUUCCUGCUAAACUCGAAAGAGAUUUCGCCAUAAAGUAUGUCUGACCGCAACGAAAAGAAAAUUAUGAGGCUUUCGGUGACAUGAAAUGUGCCAUCGUGAGUUUCAUUUGGAGACUUUCUUGAGCCUGUGACGUUUCUCAUUAAGCGUGUUCAGAUAAGUUUUAUAUCAUAAGUAGUUUUUAGUAUAUUUUUCAAACUUUACUAGUUAGUUUUAUUGUUAUAAACGGGGAGGGGGAUAAAAGGCCUUGUGCCUGUCAGUGUUAUGUUCUUUCUUUGCAUUUUUGUGGCCUUUUGAAGCUUUUUUUUUUUUUUUUAUUAAAAGUUUGCUUUAAUUGUACACAGUAGUAUUCAUAACUUCAGCUGUAUACAUCCUAACAGUCUGUUUAAAAGCACAAUGUUGGUCUGUUCUUCCAUACGGUGUGUUAUGGUCGGUAUGGGAGUCUGGCAUAAACCAUGAAAAUGUUACUUAUAUUGCAGCUUAAGCCAGUUCUGUGAGAAAAUAAAACUGUGUAUUUUUAAGAA